CCUUUUAGCAUGUAUUUGCUCUGUAACAUGAACAUGUGUGCGUGUUUGUGGUCGGUCACAUUUCCUGUUCCGACAAAGUUAGUUUGAUACUGAAAGCAUUUUGUCCUCUCAGACUACUGCUGCUUUGAUAAAACACUGUGUACCAAGACGUUUGUGUAAUCACCGCAACAGCGACGGUAAGACAUUUACUGAAAUAACAGAAUAUGUCUCACUUAAUUAUAGUUAAAUUUAGUAGCCUAAUCAACCUGUCAGAUAAUUAAAUUGUCAAACAGCCUGAUGUUCCUGCUAAACUUUCACAUCUUGUAUCGUAAAUACCUCGCUGAAAAAUGUAUUUAUGGCAUAGAUGAGUGUAAAAAACAGAAAUUUAACUCCUGUUUUUUUUUACUUAAUCAUUUUGCCUUAUUAUAGAUUUAUAAGUAAGCAUUAAGUAAGAAAUGAACAGGUAGUAUGAGGCCAUGGCAGCAAAAAGAUGCAAUCCUUUAACAAAGUAUUAGUACAGAGUUGCAAACACGUUAUGUUUAUAUCUUUUGGCCUAAUCAGGGCUGUCCCUAUACACCAGUAUUUACGGUAACUGCCUCUUAAAAAUAUUGAACAUUGAAUAUUCAUAUCGUACUGAAAAUCAGCAAACAGUAAUACUGUGAGUCCAUAACUUAUAUAAAAAAAGAUGAAACGAUGAAGGAGAAGCAGAAGACCUCCAGUAAACCGGCUCAAAGCAGCUCUCAAAGAGAUGAAUCAGCACUUUCAGAAAGUGAAAGUCCAAGAUUUGCAAUGUUGGAGUUUUGGGAUUUGCCACUUCGAUUACUAAAUAAAGUGACAUUUAUACUUUUCUAACCGUUCAUUCAGUUCUGAGUCGUAUGAUCUACCAGUGGAGGAUUUAUUUCAAAAUAAAAGUAUACUUAAACGGUGUGAGAGAUAAACGCAAGAAAGGAAAAAUCAACCUUUUUUAUGAGGCUGUAAAUUUACUGUUUUUAUAGUUAAGUUGCCUUUUUUCAUUUUACUCUCUCAGUAUGUUUACACGCACAGUUACUCUGAGCUCAGUAAGGGUAUUUAAUUGGACUAGUAUCUUUGUCCCAGUUUACACACACCGGACAAAAAUGGAAUUAUUGACAGAAACCUCUUCCACAACAGACAAAACCUAUUGAACGAUGACAAUACUCUCACUUUUACGGCUCUUUACUUUUCUUUUUUUAACGGUCUGACCAGAUUUGGUUUACUACCUGGCUUCCUAGCAAAACCUUGAUGCAAUUCAACUUCAGCACAAACACUGGUGCACUCUCAGAAAGCUGAGGCCAGUUUCAUCGUAUUUUUAUAUAUGACAGAGAAAAACGAUAUCCAGGUUUUGAGAGGUUUAAAUUAGUGAGCUUUCAGUGUUUGUUUUUAAAGGUCCAGUUUUAGUCGGACUGGGGCAAUUAAUCAAUAUUUUCGAUCUGACUGUGUUGUUUUAUAUCUCGAAUUUUCCAAAAUAUUACAAUAAUAUUGUUAUUGGGGUAUUUUAGGACCAAUUAUAAGGUGAAAAUCAGAUGAAAGCCACAACUGGAACACUCUGUCUCAGGAUCGUCACAGAACUUUAACUUUUAAGGAACUUAAAUGAGGUAGCAAAAAAGAAAAGUAGUUUCCUAGUAGUUAGCCCUGAUAGUGAAGUGCAAACUACCCUGACAUCAACCUGAUAAAGAGUCACAGCUUUUACACACAAGAGGCUGCUCAGUGUUGAUUAAUAAUAAAUAAAAUAUACUCUCUCGUUCCUUCAGUGAUCAGAAAUGCAGGCUGCUACUCUGAUCCUGGACACCCUGGAUGAGCUGGGCACUGAUGAGUUCAAGAGGUUUCGUUGGAACCUGAGUCAGCCGGUGUUGAGCGGAUGUCAGCCCCUUCGUAAAGGCUACCUGGAGAAUGCAGACCGGCAAGACACCGUCAGCAAAAUGAUUGACAGCUACAGUGAAAGUAUGGCCGUGAACCUGACUGUGGAAAUCCUGCAGAGGAUGAACUUAAACAACACAGCAGAGAAGUUAAGGAGAGCAUAUUCAGGUGGGUAACCUCAUAAAGUGUGAUCUUAUUCUGGUGUUUGGAUUUUUGCUUAGUGCUGAAAAUGUCCCUUUUUUAAUGAGAGUUUAUGGUUCAAUUCUUUCUCCCUUCAACAGGAGGAUCAGCAGGAACAGCAGGGCAAACCCAACCUUCCCUCCCCUCCUGCCCUGCUGGAGGCGUUGUUGUUGCACCGAAUAUUCAAGGCACCAGCGCUGGAACAAUUAAUUUGAACAUCAACACAAAUAAAUGAUCCUGGAGUGAUGAUGAAUGGUUUUAAACCUCUUUACAAAAUGAAAUAAACUGCUGGUGUUUUCCCGCUAAAAAUAGUAUUGACCAUUUUAAUAUGUGUUUCUUUUGUUUUUAUUGAGUCAAAUUUCAAGGCCUUUUCUAUAUGCAGAGCUGCCAAGUAUCACGUUUUGAGUGUGACAGUCAUGUAAUUUGACCCACUCUCACACCACACGCCACACUUGACAUUUCUCCAGCUUAUUUUCUCCCAUUCAAUACUCUGAAUUAAUUUUUUCAUGAUAAUAAACUUGGCUAAACUAAUCCCAGACCAAUCCAUCAGUCCUUUGUGCUUAAAUCCAACCAACCACAGAAUGCACCACGCAAUAUAAACCAAUCAGAAGCAACGUAAGGCAGGUCUUGGCGUCUCUAACUAUCUUUCACACACAACAGCGCCAACAUUUAAAACCUAGUUUCCAGUUUCUGGUUAAUUAGGACUAGCAUUAGGAGGCCACAGUGCAGAGAGAGCAGUUGGCGUGGAGAUGAGGACAUCAGUCUGAAGGUAUAAAUCGACGUUCACAUCAUAACGCCCAAGUCUCACUCUUGUCAUUUUCUGAAACCUGGCAACCCUGCUAUUUUACCCAACUUAAAAUCUUUUGUAGUCUUUUGGUUUGAAAGUCUGCAAAUUUAUUGUGUAAUGCAGUUUUUGGAGUUGGUGGUGACCAAAACAGAGCAAAAGGAAGAGUACAGACUAAUCCAAUAGCCCAAACACAGAAAAUGGAUUAGAUUAGAUUAGAUUAGAUUAGAUACUUUUUUAUUCAUCCUUUCGGGAAGGUUCCCUUAAGAAAAUUAAAAGUGAUUAAAAUAUGACUUAAAGUCAGUGAAUGUCGUUUUUUCCCCAAAAAAACUUCAAAUUAUCAAUGUGUUAUAAACAUAGACUGUAUAUAGAAUGGACAGCGUCUGCCUCCUUGCUCGGUGAGGCCACCCUGUGAACAGCACCCUCUGUUGACGGGCUGCACUAUAGGUCAUAAAUCCCACCUCCUCCAGCAAAGUUUAUGGAGCUGUGGACAAACUUUAGAAAUUUUCACACAGAAUAUAAAAUUUUCUCCCCCCGGUUGCAAUGUUGACAUGUAGUUAUUGUAAGACUGGUUUGUGCUUAAGUCCUCUUUUUUUUUAUGUACAGCUCCAUUUUUAAAAGUUAUUAGGGGGUUCAUGUUUUCUAUGAUUGACACUUGAUACAGCCAAUGGGCGUAUGAAGAUUGAGGAAAUAACUGCCUACACUUGAAACAGCACAAACACAUAAACUAGGUAAAAAAAAUAAAAUAAAAAAUAAUAACAGGGGGUGACAUUUUAAGAAAUAGGAUUAAAUUUAAAAAGCAAAAACAAACAAAAAAGCAAGCGACUGAUAAAUAGCUCAGUUAUGUAAGCUCAGAUAGCUCAGUUUAAUAACACAUCUCUGGCGCACACAAUCGCAGAUGUAACAACAAAGCUCUCAGAAAUAUGUUGGUAAACGAAUAUUACCCAAGCCCAAUUAAAAGGAUGUGUAUUUCAAAGCAAUUUGAUUUCGAUAAGAUUAAAAAGAAAAAGACGAAGAGCUGCUACUUUUUUGUAAAUCCUUAAAACUUGUUACAGACAAGAAAGCCCUACGCCUAUUUUCCUCACUAGAAAUGUUUAAAUUGAUAUAGAAUGGCCUCUAACAUUGAAAUUGUGUUGUUGUUUUUGUCUCUUUUGAUGUUAUUCAUGCUCAAUCUAAGGCAAAUAUUCUAUAAUUUUCUUUUAUGAUAAAUAAGUGCCUUGUUUGUGUGUUUAUAAUUCAAUAAAAAAAAUAAAAAUUAAAAAAACAUGGCAACCCGGAGAUUUCGUCCGACGUGGAGGGUCAGGGGCAGUCACGUGAAC